CUGGGAGGGCGGGAGGCGGGAGGGCAGUGGCUGUGCGCGUGUGUGUAUGAGUGUGUGUGUGGGCGGCGGUUGUCGCUGAGGCUGAGUCUGAGGCGUUUGGUGUCGGUCGUCAGUUGUCGUUGUACGCGGCGGGAACAUGGACGCCGACAUGACAAUGAAGUCGCAUCGGAGCGAGAGCAAAGACCAAGUACAGAAUGGCCUUGGCGUUUGUGGAUGGAUCUUGGUAAUGCUCUCUUAUCUAUUCAUGAUCCUGACAUUCCCUCUCUCCGUCUGGUUAUGCAUAAAGAUUGUGAAAGAGUAUGAGCGUGCCAUCAUUUUCAGACUGGGGCGCAUCCCCGGGGGAGCCAAAGGACCAGGAAUGUUCUUCGUGUUGCCCUGCACGGACACCUUUGUUAAAGUGGACAUGAGAACCAUCUCCUUCGACAUUCCACCUCAAGAGAUCCUGACCAAGGAUUCGGUGACGGUCAGCGUGGACGGAGUGGUUUAUUACCGGGUGCAGAACGCCAUCCUGGCCGUGGCCAACAUCACCAAUGCAGACUCUGCCACCCGGCUGCUGGCACAGACCACCCUGCGGAACGUGCUGGGAACCAAGAACCUAGCACAGAUUCUUUCUGACCGGGAGGAGAUUGCACACAACAUGCAGAGCACUCUCGAUGAUGCAACAGAUGACUGGGGAAUCAAGGUUCAGCGUGUGGAGAUCAAGGAUGUGAAACUACCGAUCCAGCCAAGAGCAAUGGCUGCGGAGGCAGAGGCAUCGCGAGAGGCCAGAGCUAAGGUGAUUGCUGCCGAAGGAGAAAUGAACGCUUCCAGAGCUCUGAAGGAAGCUUCCAUUGUGAUUUCCGAAUCUCCAGCCGCCCUCCAGCUCCGCUACCUGCAGACUCUGACCACCAUCGCAGCAGAGAAAAACUCCACCAUUGUGUUCCCACUGCCCAUGGAUAUUUUACAAGCCUUCAGCAGAAAAUAGCAGGGAUAGCUAACCUGUGAUUAGGUUCCAAAUCACAAACCUUUUGUUAGAAUAUUUUAUUUUAAUCUGUUCGCAUUGUAAUAAAAUUAAGCAAAAUUGACUUGGGUAGCAGAUUAGCGGGCGGAGCCUUCAGGGGACGCGCAUCUACUGAUGCUUGACUUUUGUAAGUGUCUUUCUUUUGAAUGACUAGAUUCCAAUAUUAUGUGUGUGCGUGCGUGGGUCUGUGUGCGUCUCUGGCAAUAAUCAAAGUGAGUGUGAAGCGCGUGAUUGCAAACCUGAGCUGGUUUGCCCGUUGCUUUCUGAUUAUAUGUAGUUGCAGCGCAAACAAAUGUGCAUUUUUCUAGCCAGCCUGAACUGCUUGUUAGUCAUUCACUAGUGUGCAUCAAUGGUGCUCUCUGCCUAUUCCAACUGCUCAGUUAGUUAGCACAGUGAGUACAGAUGGCCUUUUCCUCUGCCUGUCCUGAUUGUAAUCUAAAGCCAAAUCCAUGUAUCUCUUCCCCACUCUGUGCCAUGGACCAUUGAAUGAAUGGCUCUUCUAUUUUGUGUAACUCCUUUUUUAAAAAAAUCUUGCGCGGCUUUUCUUCUCAGCAACAACAAACAAUGCCAACAAAUUACAUUUAUAUAGCAUCGUUCAUGUCGGGAGGACGUCCCAAUGCACUUGAGGUGUUUAGGUUACAUUUUGUGUGGGGAGGGGGAGGGGUGAAGGAAUGUAGAUCAAAACUAGGACCAUCUCCCUGCCAUUAUGAUUUUAAAUUAUUAUUUUUUAAAGCUGAUCACUUAGUGAUGAGAGCUUACUCCACCCAACUUUCCUUCAGCGUGUGGUGUGUGUGAGAGCAAAAUCCAUGCACCUCACAGAUGCUUUGGUGAAAGUUAGGAGAGUUUUCAGCGACUGCCCAGAAACUCUGGAACAUUCUUCCUCUAUCCCUCCACCUUGCUCCCUCCCACCCCAUUUUCAAGUCACUCCUGAAAACCUUCUUCUUCCACCCCCACUCCCGACAAGCGCACUGAAGCUCUACCCUGCAUGAGGGGCGCUCUAUAAAUACAAGUUGUUGUUGAGGGCAGUGGUCCCCAUGUCCUUGUGGAAUGAAGGGAUUGUUUGCUGUAUAAGUACUUCAGAGAUGCUCAGAUAACCUGUUCGCCUAUUCUCUGCAUAUCGACAUUAUUCACACAACUGACUUGCCAGAAUAGUUGGUUUAACUUGCCAAGUUUGUUGAAGUGUAAGUGGAUUCGGAAAGUGUAAAUGCAAUCACUGCAGACCUUGAACUUAGAACGCUGACGCAUAUCCUCAUCCCUCUGAUUUACAAAUCAAGGUACAAAUUCCGAGGUCUCUUGGUAAAUCGUAGUGUUGUAUCCAGACUUGAUGUGCUGUCCUAGAUAAUGAAUGCUAGAAAUCAAAGAAAAAUCAGGAAACAUUUCACAUGAAUAAUUUACUCAUCUGAUGCUUGAGAUGUGUGUUAAUUCCUCUGGCUGCUGUGAGUGUGGAGCUUGCUCUGCUCGUUGUAACUGGGAAGGAAAGUGAUCUGCAAUGUUGUGCUCCUAUUUUAGUCUCUGAUUAAAAUAAAAAGGCACUCAUAUUGGAAAGUCCCUUUCAGCUGUUACACAGACAGAAGCUCUUUGAUACAAAUGGCAAUCAAAUGCAUGGAUUGGGAAAGGGUGUGUGGUGGUUGGGCUGUUUGACUCUGCGGGCCUGGGUUGAGUGAAGCCGGAUUGAUGGAAGGGAAAUUUCUAUGUUAGGUAAGAAAAGCACAAGCCACUCGAUGGCUGGAGUGAUAAAGUGGUCCACGUGAUGUGUGUGAAACAGAAUAUAGGCCAGACAUGCAGCCUAAGGGUCUUUGUUUAAUAGCUGUUCAAUGAAGGGACUAUUGGUGAUUAACUAACUCAGGCUUUGCUCUUCAAAUGCCAUUCACCCUCUCCGUUAUAUCUGGCUUAACUCUUCAAUCUGUGUCAACUCACCUCAAAACCUUUGCGUGAAUGGGGCUGAACUGCGACUGAGCUCCAAGUAUUCUCUUAACUCAAAAGAGAGGCUGUUUGCGUGGCUAUUUCCCCAAUUAUCACAUCUGUGACCAGGGCAGAGUUUCUGAGGCCUUACAAUUUAAUGCCAUAUUUAUCUGGUUUCUCCUCAAGUCCUUGUGAAUGUAUAUUCGGUAACAUUUAAAAUCUCUGCGAUACAAGCAAUAACCACUUUCUGGUUGCUUUCCUCUUGCCUUUGUUGCUGCAGCUGACCAUUGUUUUUGAAAGCAUGUUGAAUAAUAAUGUGAUCUUUUUGUUGUAUUGGGACUUUUAUAAUGUAGCUUGUAAUGCGUUGAAAUAAACGUUGUUCACCCCAAACCUUA